CGAGGUCUGGGCAACCUAUGACGGAAGGUCGGACUCGGCGUUUGCAGAAAUUGCAGCAACUAUGGGCUCAAGUUGUGAGUUCUGUGGAGGCGGAGAGACGUGUGAGGACGGCAGACGUGUCUUCUGUUGCUUCGGUGGACCCCCGUAGUAGCAGCAGCAGCACCCUCCCGAACGGGCGGUGUCUGCAGCAGCGGCUUUCCCAUGGGGAACGCAUCCCUGAGGACGAGGAGAGGCGUUACUACUGCCCAGAGCUUUGCAACACAGGCAUCUUUCGCCAUCCCGACGGUUCCAUACGGCCGUACCCGCCCGCUGUGGCUAACGACAAGUCGGAGCAGAGAAGACGCUUUGUCGAGACCCAACAACGGCGCAUGCGGGAUAGGCGGGGACCGUCAAGACACUCUGAUAUGAGCAGCGAUUCGGAAAGCGAAGAUGAGCCGACCGCUGGAACCAACAGCAGCAGCAGUAGCAGCAAGAAGACGCCAGGUGCAGACACAGCACCAUCUGGGGAGGCGACCGAAGAUUUUCUGGCCUCAAUUCCGCUCCCAGCAGAGCCGCCGCCUCCAUCAGCUGCCUGCUCAUCUCCAGUUCCAACGGCAGCAGCACAACAGCAAACGAAGCAGGCGAUGCCGGCUCCUCCCUCGAUGCCGUUGGUGCCGCUGCCGUUUCCCGCUCCUCCCUUGGCAGGUUACGGCGGGACGUCUCAGGCCCCUGCUGCGGGACCUCUUCAAGGGCCGCCGUUCUAUGGCAUCCCUGCACCCCCAUCUCAACUCGUUGCACACAUGCAGCAGAUGCAGCAGCAGCAGCCUGACCAGCAGCGCGUGUCAUCGAAUCCGCAGCAGGGCCCCCUUCCCCCGCAGCAGGCCUCGGGUGCUGCGGGGCCCACCAACGUGCAGAAGAGGCCGCCGCAGCAUCAAACACCGCCUGUGCCAGCGAAGAAGCAGCAGGCCGACAAGCCGGCGGGCGGUUCUGACUUGAAGGCGGCAAUGACGUUUGUGCCCACCCACUUGAGGACCAAGAAGCUGCCGGCGACGGCAAAGACAAAUGAAGGCCCAUCAAUUUCCCGCGUGUCUGCGUACUCCAUGGGAAACACAGCACUGGGGCGGCAAGGGGGCGUCGGGGGGGCCUCUGGGGAGAGAGGGCAGGUUUCUGGACUGGCGAAAUUUUUGGGCGAAGCCAAGAAGCAACAUGGAGAUGGCGGAGUAGUCGGUGGUUCUUCGAAAACGCCUGCGCCUGCAGAUCUAGACAGGGCCUUCGACGAAUUCUUAAAGGAGGUUGGGGCCUCGUAG